GUCUAAACCUUUGCUAAAUCAACACGAUGUUGUCCCCUGGCACUGCGGAGUGGGGGAAGCACAAUUUUGGGGAAGAGCAUUCUAUUGGCUGAGGGAACACCAUUACCGCAACGAUACGGUUUGGAGCCAUCGGCCUCGGUUGACUAAUGGAUAACGUGCCGGGCUGAGAAACUAAAGAUAACUGUGUGAAUUUUGGUUAGCAAUAUGAUGGAAGUAAGAACUGAAGACAUUGAAAAUGGAUAUGAAAAUAAUGGAGAAGAAGUUGAAUUCAAAAACUUGGACUUCUCUGAAAAAGCAAUCCGACAAAGAUUUAUCAGGAAAGUCUACGGGAUCCUGACGUUACAGUUUCUGAUUUAUUUUGGUUUUGCCUCCAUCUUCAUGUAUGUUGAACCAAUGAGGCAGCUUGUUGUUGAAAAUUUGGACAAUUUAUCUUUGGCUGUAAUAAGUAUCCAAAUCAUGAUUGUCGUGAUUUUGUUAUGCACCAUUGACGCUUGUCGACGUGCCCCUGGAAACAUCAUCUCUCUUGGAUGUUACACAUUGGGUACCAGUUUCUUUUUGGGACUUGUGGGUCCCGCACAUAGAGAAGAGAUAUACUGGGCGCUGGGAAUGGUUACCACUGUGAUUAUUGGCCUCACAAUCUUCGCUUGGCAGGGAAACAUUGACUUCAACAUUCCCCACAAAAUUCUAAUUCUACUAGUAAUGUCUAUGCCCGCCAUCUUGUUAGGCUCAUUGUUCCUCCCACACAAUCCGUUGACUCGACUCAUAUUCCCUGGAGUCGGAGCCUUUGUUUACUGCCUGUUCUUGUUUAUUAACACUCAUAAUGUCGUACGAGGGAAACACAUGCUUGUUUUCUCUCCCGAGGAGUAUGUGUUUGCUGCUCUUAUCCUGCAACUAGAUAUCCUUACCAAGCCUAAAUCAAUCUUGAGAGCUCUGUGAGGUUAUUUAUUUUGCAGGGAAUCUCGUAGUUAAGAAUGGAAAUACCAGAGAUACCAAUAGGGAUAAACCUAUUCUAGGGCGUGUUAGAAUUUAUAAAAUAACAUAAGUAAUAAAGUUGCACAAUUUGUGUUUAAGUUUUUCAGGGUUAGGCUAGGUUGAAUUUAUUAGUUUCCUUAAAUUGUAGUUAUUUGAUAGAAAUUGAAGUGAGUAUUGUGUGAAUGACCAUUAAAAAUGUAAAAUGAUCUCUUCAGAAAAACAAUGGGAUUUUAUCUUUUUAAUUAUAUUUUCUAAAUGUUUUGAGCUAUUUUAAUUGAACUAUCACUUGACUGUAAUAUUUUAUAUUUUCUUCUUAGAAUUGAAUCUUAUGUUGCCAUUAUGUGUUCAUACUGUGACAGAAAAUUGUUCAUAUAGACAAUAUUGCCAUUUGGAGAAAGACUUUUGAAACCCUUUGAUAGAGUGACACAAUUGCCUUCUUUGUAAAGCAGUUUUAAUGUAUUUAAAAUAUUAAUUUCAUUGAUGAACAUUUGUUAGGGUUAAAGGUUAAAGCAUACAGUACACCUUCUCUUAACUUAACCAAUACUAAAAAUACCGUCUCUGCCCAGGCUAUAAUGGAGAUACAGUAGUUGUAUUCUGGUAAUUUUUAAACUGGUUAAUUUAACUGACCUUUUCUAGGAAUCUGGAAAUUUCUGGUCCUAUAUUUAUCAAAGUAAUAAAUUAUAACUGGGUCUAAGCGAUACUAAUACUGUA